CACCGCAUGGUGAGGGGUCGAACUUACUGUGAACAUCACAUAGGCGUACAUUCCAACAUAGAAGUUAGUGGAUUAAAAAUGCAUCUGGACAAGGAAGACAAUUACCUUAUAGACAAAAACAAGAUCGACAGUGUGAACAAAUAUAUUUACACGAAAUUCCCGACAUUUGACCUUCACAAGAAAGUAAAAAAUUACAACAACAAGAUAUCCGAAUUGAUGAUAGAAAAUGAAAAGUUAAAAAAGUACAAAAGUAAUUUGGAGAAAAGAAUAAUAAGAGGUAACGAAAAUUUUGAAGUCAAUUUUAUGAAAUAUGAGCUAGCCAUUUCGAAUGCCUUACGUAUUGGCUAUUCAUGCAUAUACCUAUGCAAUGCACUAAAUAAAAUUAUAGACAGGUAUAAGUUAACCGUCUUGAGGGAGCUACUCAGAAGAAGAGAUCAAUUCAAAAAUAAUCUCAUCAAAUCUUACAUGAAUAAAAACUCGCACGAUAAGCUAUUCAUAAACAGUAUGGUUAUGAAGAUAGAGGGAGUAUAUGAAAGGAACAGGCAUUUUGUCACUACCGUUUUGGUAAUCUUGGUGAAGAACAAAUUGAGAGAUAUUUUCAAAUUGUUCGUCUGCAAUGUUUUGGGGAUUCCCAUUGGGGGGACCUAUACCUUCAAUGGUUUAUCCUCAGGAAGGGAAAACUCGGACAGGGUGACAUCUUCCAGAAGGGGGAAUGGUCACUAUGUUGAGCUGACCAUGGAUGAAAGAAUUCAGUAUACAUCCGGGUUUAUAAAAUUAAUGGACGUUUUAAAAAGUAAAGUCUACGGAGCAGUUAGAGUUUUCUUCAUCAGUUUGAAGAGGCAUAAUGAUGAGUAUGAUUUGUAUGCACGUGGUGUGUGGAGGUCCUUACCACUUAGCAAAAGGGAGAGUAUCCAGUUUGCCAUGAACGGCGGAGACACGAAAAAAGGUGCAAUCAGAAAUUGCGUAAGAGACAAGGGUAACAGUCGGAAUGAUAAAUUAUUCAGGAGAUAUAACUCUUUAGUGGGCCAAAAAUUAAUUGCCAGAGGGGACACCCAAGAUGAUCGGUCUACCUUAGAAUGUGAUCGUUCAAGCAAUAUCAGCUACUUGCCCCACCCGAGUGAUGUCUACAAUUAUCUGUACUACCAGGAACUGCUAAACAUUAAGGACAAGUUAUCAGCCAAGCUUACGGAUGAUGAAAAUAGCGAUCUGGUAAACUAUAUCAAAUUUAUGGAGACAAACGGGGAAGUAUACUGUUUGAGGGAAAAUGGGAAGAAGGGGGGUUCAUCGGUUGGAAAUGCAACCAAGCGGAGUACCGUUAUAGGGAACACGCCUACACAAAGUUGGUUACCCCAGAGUGAUAACCGCCCACGCACGAGGACAAACGAAAUAACUCGCCGGUUUUCUUGCCAAGUGGGCGCGGUUCCAAAUGAUACCAAUAUUGGUUUUCACGAAAGGGGAGGAGACGAUGUCCACAGGGGGAGAGUUGUAAAUUUUUCCUUAUCAGAUGAAGGGGAUAAUCCAAAUGUAGAUAACAGUUUUUAUGAGCAGAAAAAAAGAGUCGGAUUUGAUCUAAGGGGGAAGGUAAAUUACACGGGGUCAGAAGGUUUGCGCAGAUAUGGGUCUAAUGGGGAGGAAGAAGAUAUUCUGAACGGGUCAGAUGAAAAUGAGGGCGGGGCUCAAUUCAUGGCCCGCGAGGAGGGGUACUCCCCGCCGCUGGGGGGGGGAGAAGUGGAUGGCGAGUAUAACUCCGCAGAUGGGAAGUACACAACUGAUGGGAGUUACACAGGCGGUGCGGCAUGCGGCGCGACACACGACGACCCAUACGAUGUGUACGAAGUAGAGAACUACACAGGCAAAGGAAACAUCAAAAAAAAGGCCUCGUUCAGCGACAUGAAAAACAAUUUCAGGAGAAUAAUGUCGCAGGGAAGUGAGGGUAAUGAGAAUGCCCCGGAGGAUGAGGCGGAUGAGGUGGACGAGGCGGAUGAGGUGGACGAGGCGGAUGAGGCGGACGAGGCGGAUGAGCCAGAUGAGACGUGUGAGGGCAAACGAAAUUUGUGUGAGCAAAGUAUUGUCAAGAUAAGGUAUGGGUUGAGUAGAAUCCAGGACAAGAAUUUUUUAUGCCUUGUAGGUGAAGGCCCACCGGAUGUGCUCGAAGUCGACCCCAUGGGUCAGUACUACUUCGGGGAGGACUAG